AUGGGACGCAUAGCAAAUUUUCUAGGCGCCCCACAACCUGCUGUUCGACGCAGGCCAAACCAGGUUAUAAUCCAGGGAGAAGAACCAACGAUAGAUCAGGUUCGACCACAAAGGCAAGCCCCUGGCGAAAGAGUCACGGGGGCAAGAUUGGAACAACAACCAAUUCGACGGGAAGCCUCUGAAGAACAACCUAGGAGAGUGAUAAUGGUUAAUAGAGACCAGGAUGCAGACGAAGUAAUUCAUAGGGUUAGGCGGGAAAACAUGGUGGAAAAUGACCUAACCAGUAUGAUAGAGAGAAUCAUGGCCCAAAAUGGUCUAAACACAGGACUUCGACGGCCAAAUUAUUCUUCUCCUCUAUCAGAAUAUGUCCUGCAAACAGAAUUACCAAGGGGUUGUAAAAUCCCUAAGUUCACCAAAUUCUCAAGGGAUACUAGUGAAUCCACUAUAGAGCAUAUAGCCAGAUACAUGACUGAGGCAGGGGAUUUGACGAACAGUGAGAACUUGAGGAUGAAAUAUUUCCCUAGUUCUUUAACAAAUAACGCCUUUACGUGGUUUACGACUUUUCCACCAAAUUCCAUAGAUGCUUGGCCCUAG